AAAAAAUUAAUAAUUAAAAUGUCAGCAGCGCUGGUGCUAGUGACGCCAAGACGCAUAGUGACGUGGCUCAUUUGAAUAAUCCGCUGUGAAUUACGCGCAGGAAGAAGAGAAGCAACCCGCAUCGACCCGCACGGACCCGUACAGACCCGCAGCAGCGUGUGAACAUCAUGAGCAGUAUGAAGAGUCUGAUGAGAGUCAGUCGCUUGACGCCCACCCUGACCCGUGCAGUGCAUUCUGGGACACGAACGUCCUCCUCUGUGGCACCAAGAGCUAAACAUGUUGAGCGUCCGCUGACGUCAGAGGAGGUGUUUUCCCGCGAGGAACGCUACGGCGCUCAUAACUACCACCCGCUGCCUGUCGCCCUGGAGCGAGGAGAAGGGCUUUAUGUGUGGGACGUGGAGGGCCGGAGGUACUUUGAUUUUCUCAGUGCGUACAGUGCUGUCAAUCAGGGUCACUGUCACCCGAAGAUCAUCGCCGCCCUGACGGCUCAGGCCUCCAAACUGACGCUGACCUCUCGAGCUUUCUACAAUGACGUGCUGGGUGCUUACGAACAAUACGUCACCUCAUUGUUUGGAUAUGAUAAAGUUCUGCCCAUGAACACAGGUGUGGAAGGUGGAGAAACCGCCUGUAAACUCGCCCGUAAGUGGGGGUACACUGUGAAGGGAAUCCCAAAAUAUGAAGCCAAGAUCGUUUUUGCAAUGGGGAAUUUCUGGGGUCGUACGAUGGCGGCAAUCUCAAGUUCAACCGAUCCCAGCAGUUACGACGGCUUCGGUCCGUUCAUGCCUGGAUUUGACCUCGUGCCAUAUAAUGAUGUUCCUGCAUUAGAGAAAGCGCUGCAGGAUCCACAUGUAGCUGCGUUCAUGGUGGAGCCGAUUCAAGGUGAAGCCGGUGUGAUCGUCCCUGAUGCCGGUUAUCUUAGAAAAGUCCGGGAGCUUUGCACUAAACACAAUGUUCUGUUUAUUGCUGAUGAGGUUCAGACUGGUUUAGCUCGUACUGGACGCCGUCUGGCUGUGGAUCAUGAGGCUGUCAGACCGGAUCUGGUGGUGCUUGGAAAAGCUUUGUCAGGAGGAGUUUAUCCUGUUUCUGCUGUCUUAUGUGAUGAUGAGGUGAUGUUGACCAUUAAACCUGGAGAACAUGGAUCCACAUAUGGAGGAAAUCCUCUGGCCUGUCAGGUCGCUAUCGCCGCUCUGGAGGUUCUAGAGGAAGAAAAACUGUCUGAAAACGCUGAGAAGAUGGGUGAGAUUCUGAGAACCGAACUGAAGAAACUUCCCAGAGAGAUUGUGAGCGAUGUGCGAGGGAAAGGUCUUCUGAACGCCGUCAUCAUCAAAGAGACCAAAGACUAUGAUGCCUGGAAAGUGUGUCUGCGUCUCCGUGACAACGGUCUGCUGGCCAAACCCACUCACGGUGACAUCAUCAGACUUGCUCCUCCCCUCAUUAUUAAAGAAGAUGAGAUCAGAGAAAGUGUUGACAUCAUCAGCAGAACCAUUAUGUCAUUUUAAAGCGUUUUAAGUGUUUGAUUUUAGCACCUUUAGUUUGCUGUUUUAGCGUGUAGUCGCGCAGUAUAAAUCUCACUAACAGCUUCAGUUUAUUUCUCUCUCAUACUGCAGAUGACUCUGAUAAACAUGAACAUAAAAUGUUUGUGAAGGAAAAAUCUGUGAUGUUUAGGGUUUCAGAGAGUCACUGUUACAGUGUUUAUAGUUGAAAACUGCUCAUGUGCACCUUGUCAAAAGAAAUAAUGACUGUUUAAAUAUGAAUUAAUUUAAAAUAUUUUAAAAUUCUUAGUUUAUUGAUAUUUUCAAGUGUAAGCUUGAAAAGAAAUAGAAAUGAGUUUUUCUCGCUCUAGUGAGAGAUUUGUGCACUUUAAUGGCAGCGAUAGCUUUUUAAAGCUGGGUCAGAAUUGUUUUUUGCCUCUUGUACUGCAUUUAGUUUUUAAGAUUUUAAUGCUUUCCUGUCAUUGAGAGUCAUUCAGACAGUAACUUAAACAGAAGUGGAUGAAUCGAAUGUUUGUGUGUUAAUCACAACUAUUGUACCACAUGAUGCUUUCUCUGUUUGUUUGCUUGUCUGUUGUGAAAUAAAUGUUCAGUCUGCUGUUUGUUCCA